AACUGUCAACAAACACUACGUUAAGACGGUCUCCAAAAAAAUGUAAAAAUCUAUGUAGAGACAGGUUGAAAUUUGUUAAAAAUUUACAGAGUUGGUAAAAGAAGAUGGAUAAAUGCCCCGACGACACGAUUGUCAUCUGUUCGGACGAUGACUCUGACAGUGAUGACGUUGUUAUCAUAAAAGAGGAGAUAGAAGUUGACUGUGAAGAUGUCAUAUUUCUCUCCGAGACAAAACCUGAGCCUGUGCAUAAUGAAUCUCCGACUACAGUUGAAGAUAAAACUUCACCUCUUUUAGGCCCGGAAUUGCAUAGAGCUCAUAGUCUGGUAACAGGAACUGACAAGCUCUCGAUUGAUGAUAGUGGUCAGCCAGACAACAAUUCCACAACGGAUGCAACAUCACCCUUAGAUCUGUCUAGGAGAUCAGAUCUGGCGAUGCUCCAACAAAAUGCAAAAGCGGGCGAGGCUUGUAUGGCAGGUGGAUCAUUGACAGAUUUGUUUAACGAUAUCAAGUGGUCCUUGUCUGCAGCGGGUUGUGCUGAUGCUUCCUCUGUAGCACUGACAUUAACACGGGACGAUCCUGUAAUUAAAAGUUGGCCAGUCUAUUAUCCGAGCACAGAUAAAAGGAGAGACUUGCAAACUGUAAAAUCUCCUACAAGUUCCCCCAAUGAAGCGGUGAAAAUUGAACCAGCAAAAAUCUGCAGUGAUAAGUCCUGUAUUGAUUUAUGCACUCUGACUUCUGCUCCUUACUUGCAGAUAAAUGACAGUACGAAUUCAGGACAAAACUCUAAAACAUUCACAGAUGAUAAGAAUAUAGAUCCUGGUAUCGGUCCAGCUUAUGUGGCUACUGCAUCAUCUAACACUUCGAACAUUGGGUCAUCUUUAUUGUGCCAGUUGUCUGACACAGUCACUGUGUCUGCCGAUGACACCACAUGUAAGCCAGCAAGCGGGCAACAGGUUUAUGUAAGUAGCAUUACCAGUACAACCUCUGAUAGCUCCAAUGCAAAGCAGAGUGGUUUAGAUACCGCUGGGAAUAGUCUUUCCUCAUCCAACAUCGAUACAAUUCUUUCCGAUGAUCCGAUAACACGUUGUAGACAAUGGCUGACCUUGUUAGAUAAUAAUCCCAAAUCUUGCAUUGGCAGUGAUAGCAGCCAAAUUCAGUGUAUUGUAACCUCCAGUACACAAGAUUCUCCAGCAAUCAGACGUGCUGGAAGCCCACAGUUUAGUUCAGCAAACAAGGCUGGAAGCUUGAAGCGUUCAAUGUCAUCUUCAAGCGAUGCCCAGUAUUAUAAUUUAUUGACACUACCGUUAUCCCAACACAAUCCAUCUUUCAAACGGUCAGCCUCAACAUCCGGAUUACCCUCAAGUUGUCAAAACAAAAUCACAUCCUCUAAAAAACACAUGUUACCUCAGUCUUUUAAGCCACCAAAAUUAGAUGCAGAAAGCAACAGUCCGGUUACAACUGCUGUUAAGUACCUAGACCAGAAUCAGCACCAAGAGCACAAUCUUCCACCUAAGAAGCAGAGGCGUUGUUAUCGCGGUUCAGAGAAACAGCAGUGCACAAAAUGUGGAACAGAUCUUCAUGGACAGAAGUCUUCUCAAUGCAGCUAUGGCCAUUUUACAUGCUCGAAAUGCCUUCAGGAACGGGUUAAACUUGUGCUGGCAGGCAAAGCAAAGGAGUCUGUCAAGUGUCUUAAUGUGUCCUGUGAUAGCUAUUAUCCAAUAUAUGAGCUUAGUCAGUCUCUGCCAGACAUGGUUGUUGAAAUCCUUGAAGAGAAACUAGACAAUGAUUAUGUGGAGAGCAUCUCAGAUAUGAUACUGAAGGCUGCUGAAGAGGAAAUGGAGUUUGAGGAAGAAGCAGCCAUGAGUAGUGAGUGCAGUUACGUCCAGAAGUAUGAAGAUUGCCCUGGGCACUGGGACUCCAUGGAUGAGAGAGAAGUGAACAAAAAGGGCUAUGCAAACAUUCUUCUCCAGCAAGGCAGUCCGGAAUAUGAGUAUGUUGUGGUGCGCUUUUUUGAGUCAAUGGUGGAUCACUCAGUCGAGGUGACUGGUGUAUACAGGGUGCAGAAUCCUAUACAGUGGAAAUACUACACUGUAAAAAAGGCAGAGAUGAUCCAAGAUAACGAGGGCUUUGGGAGAGUUGUUGAAGGAAAUCUGUUUCACGGAACCUCAUCCAAUGCCGUGGAUGCCAUUUGUAGAAAGGGGUUUGACUGGAGAUUGUGUGGCAAACAUGGUACUCUGUAUGGACAAGGUUCCUAUUUUGCCACCAAUGCGUCCUACUCCCAUCAGUACACGGAUCUGAGAAAGCCCCAGUCAUCGCUGAUGCCUUCAAUGACUCUUCAAUCCCAAGGCGCUCAGUCAUUGAUCACAUCAAGGAUGCACUCUUUUUAUAAUCAUCCGGGAUUAGCUUCCAAUAUGCGUCAAAACCUUCUGAUGAAUCCUGUGCCAACACUUCCCGGCGGGUCAUUCCAAUUUGGACCAAUGAAUCUGUCGCAAAACACCACCCCAAAUCCUCCGUCUCAUCCGACAUCUCAUGGUUCCCAGCACAACAUUGGGUGCCCCUUCUCUAGCAAUCCAAUAGGCCUGUCAAUACAGGACACCAACAUAGGUAACCAUGGUAAUGGAUGUCUUUGUCCUCAGCAUGCAGUGGGCAGUACAGAUCUUCAACCAAUGCCUGUUCCCCCUGGACAGCCUGGUCCAAGCAGUGGUAUAACAUACGCUGGUGGGAAUUUCAGACCAUAUUCCAGGAAAAUCAUACCACAACCGGUUCCCAUUCGACAAAUAUCUGGGUUGCCGUCUUCUGCUCUCAAUACUACAGGCAUGCAAACAGAUCAGGACAAGUUCAAAGCUAGGAUGUUCUUUGCCAAGGUGCUGGUCGGUAGCUAUACGACUGGAAAUCCUAAACUACGUAAACCUCCGGCUCGGUAUACGGAUGAUCCUUUUGGAAAAUGUUACGAUUCUUGUGUGGAUAAUAUGCAGAACCCUAAAAUAUUUGUGAUAUUUGACACGACUCAGGCCUAUCCUGAGUACCUUAUAGAGUACACUUACGGCAAAUCAUUGUAUUGAUGUGUGCCCGCUUUUUUAAAAUUGUUCAUAUUAAAGAAGAUUCCUUAGUGUGCAGUUAGUUAAAUGACUUGAUUUAUCAAACAGCUGCAUUAAAAUCUGUCUGAUAUAAUGUUGCUUGAUAUAUUUUGUUUUUAUCAGUUCAACAGGAAGUUGUUGUAACAGUUGAUGUUUGGAGGUAGGUCGUAUUACUAGGAAUGAACUACAAAGUCAAAAAUAAAAGUAAAAUAAAAUCAGAUUUAACAAAACAAACAAUUUGAUACCAAGAUGAAAUAAAAAAUUAAUACAAAAAGCUACACAAACAGCGAAAUACAUAUUUUACAAAUAUUAAGAGCAAGUGCACAUGAUGUCAUUAUUAACAGGUCAAACGUCAAAAUUCAUAUUCAUUCCUGCUAAAAAUGCAGCGUUGUAGCAUUUUUUUUCAUUAUUGUGAAAUAAAGUAGAGGUAUGAUAAACCAAAAUACCGGUUACCGUCUGAUCUUUUUGUAAUAUAUCAGGCUCGCCACGAAUAAAAAAAGAGCUCAGCAAGCCUUUCCGUUAUAUUAUUCUAAGCCUUUUUUAAUAUAUAUAAAAAAUAUCAGGCACUAACCAGUUAUUCUUUAUAUAUAGGGAUGCAAUUAAUAAGCUCUUAGUAAGUUCAUGGCUGAGUUGAGGUUAUACAAAUAUUGUUCAAUAUUCUAGCAAAAAAAGUGUUAACUUCAUUACGAACGAAUGCUUUCCGGUUAGUUUGUUAUUGUUGUACAAAUAAGAGAGUCUGAUUCAUUGGCAUUGUGUUAGUGUAUCCAAAUAGCUUAAAUAUGUUUUUGUAUAAAUUCCAUUUUAGUUGCUAAGGGAUAACUAUGUUGGAGUGGAUAACGAAAAGAUCUUAGGCACAUUAGCAAUGUGCUAUGCCCUGAUCACUUGCCCCUCCAGCUGGUCAAGGCACUUAAAGUGUGAAAAUCUUAUGGUAUUAACCCUUUCUGUGCGGGAACCAAAUUUUGAAGGCCUUUGCAAACAGUUUGGAUCCAGAUGAGACGCCACAAAACGUGGCGUCUCAUCUGGAUCCAAACUGUUUGCUAUUCUGAUAGUAUUCUUUGAAAAAAAAUCGAAGAAAAUGCUAAUUUUAGAAAUUCAGCAGACAACAUUUUAGCAGACGACAAAUUUCUCAGCAUGCAAAGGGUUAAUGAGCCUUGCUAUGAGAAAAUGGGGCUUAAUGCAUGUGCAUUAAGUGACAUCCUAUAUGAACCUUACACGCCACACAGACUCAUUACUAUAGCACUUUCCGCCAAAACUGGAUUUGCACUAAGACUUCUUUUUACUAUGGAUGGGAAAACAUAUUAGAAUAUUCUGAUAUUAGAAAAUCGACCUACUAUUCAAAUCCUGAAUUCUGAUCAGAAUAUUUUAUUUCUCUGUAUGGCAAAAGGGAGAGUAUCUGGGGACAGGCAUUAUUUGUUGUUUUAUCUGUCAGUUUGCAAGGGUGUUUAUACAAAGUGUUUAUCUACUGCUUAAGAGUAUUGCUAUCUUAUUUACAGUUCAGCAUCUCUCAAUUAAAACAACAAAGGGAACUUGCAUUAUCUUCAUAUGGUCAUUUGUUUUUAACUGCUUGAUCAAUACAUUUCAUCCAUCAUAAUCUAUUCAGAAAUUAUUUACUCAAAUAUUAACCAAUUAAAUUUGUUUUCAAUAUAUUAUUUUACAUUUGAUAGGGUUCAUUUCAAACAAGCUAUAUGGUCUAGAUCCAUCUAAAAUUUAUAUUUUACUUACUAUUUAGUUAAAUCAAUUCACAAUUCCACCCUCAAUUGCUCAAGUCAUAAGCAAUUUUGUUAAGCAUUGAAAUAAAUAAGGAUUACAGUAAUACAUGUAUGUUUAAGGGAAGUGUCUUUCACAUAUAUCUUUUGAAAAUAAAAUGUGGCAAAUGCCAAACAUAAUUGUCAACUUGUUUUCAGUUUUCCUUUUUCAAAGAUGUACAUAGGAUAUGAUUUAUAAUGGUAUUAGUGGCAAUCCGUAUACUCCCUUCAUGACAUGUGUAGGUCCAGACAUUUUGAUCUAAAAUUUAAUAAAGAAUAUUCAAAUAUGUUUGUAUACCAGGUAAUAUAGAAGAUUCAAAUAUGUUUGUAUACCAGGUAAUAUAGAAGAUUCAAAUAUGUUUGAAUACCAGGUAAUAUAGAAGAUUCAAAUAUGUUUGAAUACCAGGUAAUAUAGAAGAUUCAAAUAUGUUUGAAUACCAGGUAAUAUAGAAGAUUCAAAUAUGUUUGAAUACCAGGUAAUAUAGAAGAUUCAAAUAUGUUUGAAUACCAGGUAAUGAACAACAAAUAUUUGAAUAACAUUUCAGUAUGCAUUUUCAUCCAUAACUUAAAAUGCAAAAUUAAAUAAAAGAGGAAAAUGUUGUCCCUGGUUCUUUUUUCCAUCCAUGACAUUUUAAGCAGCAAUCUGAACCUUUUUUCUUCCAAGAUCUUUCUGUACAUACAGUAUGAUUUGAUUGUUAUCCCUUAAUAUGAUAGAUUGUUUAGGAUAGACAUUGGCUUAAAUAAUUGGCAAAUUAUUCAAAAGUUGACAUUAAAUCUUAAACAGUUAAUGCUAUGUGAACUUAGAAUUUUGAGAACAUCAUUUGUGUUUACUUAAAGUGGUUAAAAUUUGAAUAAAGUAAAAACAUUUUUAAUAACGUUUAGUUAUACAUGUAAUUGGUUUUUGCCACACUAUUUAAACUAAGGUAAAACAAUAUUCAGCUGGUAUAAACACCUGUCUCACAAAGGCCAGGUUAAAAAAAGUAGGAAAUGGUAUAGGAAGAUUAACUACCAAAAACACAACCAGACAAUAUUUUCGAAAGACAGAAAAACACACUCGUUUUUAACAUAUUUUGAAGUCUUCGAUAGUAUUUGUUUUUAAUUGUGUGUGUUAUAGUCACAAUUAAUGAACCUUCAGUCUAGUUUCUGUAGAAAAUUGAUAGUUUAAGUGGCAUGGUACAAAUAAUACAUUGAAUUACUAAAUAAUUCUAAAGGGUAGAAAUAUGAGCAUGAUUAUUGAAACAAUUGAAUGAGAAACGCAAUGAAAGGUAUGAAUAAACUAAAUAGAUUCCAGGUAGAUCUGCUUUACAGUGCAAGCUGGGCUCUGGAAAAAUGCAUUUGCUUAAAAUGUCGUCCCAGAUAGCCUUUGCAGUCUGCAGGGACAACACUUUCUGCUUUUUUGAAUUUUUAAUGACAGAAAGUCUUCUGUAAAUGAAAAUCCGGGUAGGAAGUGCCUUCCCUGAUUAGCCUGUGCGGACUGAGUAGGCUAAUAUGGCUGACACUUUUCAUGCAUGCAUUAAGCACCAUUAUCCCAGAAUGAGGCUCAGAUUUAUUGAUAUGAGUCGCGUUCUGAGAAAACUGGGCAUAAUGCAUGUGCGUAAAGCAUCGUCCCAGAUUAGCCUGUGCAGUCCGUAAGGCUAAUCAGGAACAACACUUUGCGCCUAAAUUGGAUUUUUGCUAAGAAGAGACUUCAUUUUAAUAAAAAAUGUCAUAAAAGCGGAAAGUGGUGUCCCUUAUUAGCCUGUGCAGACUGCACAGAUUAAUCUGGGACGACACUUUACGUACAUGCAUUAUGCCCAGUUUUCUCAGAAUAUGACUCAUAUGUAUCCACAUUUGAUGUGCAGUUAUACUUUAUGACCAUGGUCAUUGAAGUACUUUUAUGAGGAAGGAAAGAACAUUUUUACUGAGGAUUGCUUAAAUGAUACAAUAUGCAUGAACUACAUCCUGGAUGCUAACACUUUGUGUUUAUAAGCAUUUGUGGAAGCCAAGAUCUUAUCCAAAUAAUUGUUCAUGUGGAAAGCUUUUGUAAUAGGCUUUUAAACAAAUUGUUUUCGGCCAAAAGUUUCCAUAAAUAUUUUAGUCAUAUUCACAAGGUAAAUGGCUGAAUGAACAUUAAUGUUUCACUAUGUAAGCAAUAAUUCUAAAGAUUUGUUAAUCCAAUUUUUGUACAUUACUAACAAUUAGCAAAUAAUUUCAACAGAAUAAUUAUUGUCAACAUUUAUUGGUCUGUAAUUGAAAUUUUCACCAAUUUGUUUUUCACUAUUUAAAAAUGCAUUCUUGCUUAAGUAUUGUUGUAUGCAAUUGGAGAUUUUGCAUGACUGUGGUGUUCUAGUGUGUUAUACAAACCUUCAGACCAACAAAACCAUGAAAUAUUCUAUUUGUUAUAUUCACUGUAAAAAUAAAAACAGUCAAACUUUAAUUUACUAGUGCAACAAAAGCAUAUAAUUUCUUACGAAUGCUGUGUACAAUCUGAAAAAAGUUAUAUCAUUAAAAUGAACUGAAUAAAUAUUUACCUGACAUGCUGACAUCAUUAGGAUGUGUAUAAAAAUGGCCUCAUUCAAAAGUCAGGGUUCUUCCAGCAUUCCCAUUCAUAAACAGAUUCCUCUCGGUAAGAUACACAACACUGAUCUUGUAUACAAUUAGCAAAUAAUUUCAACAGAAUAAUUAUUGUCAACAUUAAUUGGUCUGUAAUUGAAAUUUUCACCAAUUUGUUUUUCACUAUUUAAAAAUGUAUCUUGUAUUGGAUACAAAAUAAAAAAAUUCACAUAAUGUUAAGAUAUGUAAUACAAUCUGCACUGUAUUAUAACCAAACAAGAGAUGUGUUUGUCAGAAACACAAUGCCCCCUACUGCGCCGCUUUGAUUUUUUUGAUUUUUUUUUUAUCAUUUGGCAGGUUCUGAUAAUUAUCUCCCUUUGAAGCUUAUUACUUCCCUUCAAUUUGUUUUUUUUACUUUUGACCAUGAAGGAUGACCUUGACCUUUCACUUCUCAAAAUGUGCAGCUUUAUGAGAUACACAUGCAUGCCAAAUAUCAAGUUGCUAUCUGAAGCGACAUAGAAGUUAUGAGCAUUUUUUGAAACCUAAACGCGAAACCUUAACGCAAAGUGUGACGGAAAGACAGACGGACGGUCUGAUCACUAUAUGCCGUCCUAGGGAAGCAUAAAAAUCAUAUACUAGCCUCUUGGUUGUCACAUAUAUUGAUUAUUUAGAUUAUAACUCCCGGAGUGAGGUCAUAAGGCACUGAACAUUCAGUUCACUCAAGUUUGCUUUUGCAGCUGAUUUGGCCAACUAUUGUUGUUGUUUUUUAUUGUAAAACUGUAAAAUACUAAAAAAUUUAACAGUUUUCCGUAUUCGCGAUGUGAUGUUUUACCCAUUUUCUACAUAUAGUUAUAUAUCAAUUAGGCAGUUAUGUAUUUGAUAUAAAUUAUCAUGUGUUAUAUACAUGUAUUGCACCUAAACUUUUGUAAGCACAUACAUCUGUAUAUUUUAAAUGGUUGAACACCCGUCAAUGUUAUGUACAGGACAAAAAGUCACUGGGUAAAAUUUAUUUAGAUGAUUCGUUAUGUAGAACUCUAGCAUGGCUUGUUUGAAAAAAUAUAUGUUUUCUACGAAGAAAUGAUUUAAUAUUGUUAACUCUUAGAGUGCUGUAACUUUUGCAAUCAAAGCAAUAUUCAUGAUUGUACCACAGAUUUAGUGGGGAACGGAUGAAUCUUCUUAACAUUUUUAAUAUCAGAUAUGACUGGUGUCAUGGGAAAAUGGGUCUUAUGCCAUAGCAGCCAGCAUUGGUCCAGGCCUGCACAUUUGCUCUGACUGGUCAGGAGUUAUUCUGUCCACUAAUGAGACCAUGAAACCUUGCCUGACUUUAAAGCGGACAGGGUAGCUGGCCCUAUAUGGUGUGAAACCCACUUUUACAUGAUACACAUCAUAUUUUAGUUUCAUGCUUGAUUCAGAACUAGCAUUUUGUGAUCAUUUUUCUCAUGUGCAACGGGAAGUUGCUUAUUUGUAUUUUCUUGUGUGUAUAUUGUUGAAAUCUCAUUUUGUCAGUAAUUUGGAACCUUAAAUAUUACUAUGAUGGUAAUGUUUUAUAGAUGGUAAAUAAUAAACAUGUGAAAUAUGUUUGUUUGUUUCCCUAAUAGAGUGAUUAAUUUGAGUUAUAAAAUCUAUUUGUAUGAUUUUAAAACAAACAGUAAUAUUUUAAUAUUUUUUGUUCAAAAAAUAAAAAUUGAAAAAAAUGUUUGUGAUUUUAUGUUACUUGUUAAUUUGUUUGCACAGUUUUGGAUAAACAGUUUUAUUGUUAGUGUUGAAUAACAAACCAACUGCAUUCAACUGUGAUGUCCAGUGAUAUCAGAUUGGUAAACACAUCCUUUUUUUCAAUAUGUAUGUCUUGUAGAAACAAAAUAUUAAGUAAAACUUAUGAAAAAAGUAAGAAGAAUGCUUUGGAGGGAAGUGCAAUUCAAAAUAGGUGUUUUUUUGUCAAUUAAUAUCAAACCAUGUUUUAAUAUAAGGUGGUAUGUUAAUGUUCCAGCAUUUUUGUGUAAGUUCAGCAUUUGUGUGUGAGCACAAUGUUCAAUAUGUUUGUUAUGCAGUGGGUAUGUUCUUGUUAAUGAGGCUCGAUUGGUCAUUGUUGGCUCGGGUACUACUUACAUGUACCCCGGGUACUCUUAGUAUACUUACAUGUACCCCAGGUACUGUAAAUAUACUAAAACAUAACCGGUUGAUAUUAGACUGUGCCUGAGUUGUAUUCCCACCCAAAAUCCAAUGUCGUAAAACGCGCUACAUAUUACCGUAAAAGGGUAUUGUUUAUCUUAAUCAAUGAGUACUGGAAACCGAAAGAAUGUGUAUGUGUCUAUAACAAACUUAUCUUAACUAAAAACUGCAUCAACAUGUUUCUUUAAUAAGAGUUUCGAUAAUACAGAGGCCAUUAAACAGAAAAUUGAGAUUCAUGUGAACAUAAUUCAUUUAAAAAAAAGCUGACAACGACUGGUUUAGCGUUAAAAUUUCCGGGUUCAUUUUAGCAUAUUCACCGUACCCAGGGUGUGUGUUAGUAUACUUAAGAGUAACCUGGGUACAUGUAAGUAGUACCUGAGCCGACAAUGACCAAUCGAGCGUUAAUUGGGUGUGCAAUAUUUAUUUGUUUUUGAAUAUUGUUCUACGAUGUUUGAAAUAAAUCUUUGUCACACUAACUAGUUAUUCCUAAAAAAAUUAUAAAGUGAGUGUAAUAUUCAAUAUAAUUAAUUCUAUGAAGAAUAAAAGGUGAAGAGCAUGUGUAUUAUAAUUAAUAUUGAAAAUGCUUUUUUGUGUUUAGAAUUGUUUUAUAUUGUCAAUUAUUCCAUCUCAAGAAGUCAAGAAGGACAUUCUUUUGCAUAAUGUUUGAGUUGUUUUCCAUUGUCAAAAAGAUCAAUGACACUAUUUUCAUUGUCAUAUUUUUAUUGUUUUUUGUUAAAGUUUGUCUUAGGUUGUAAGAUUGUUGAGUGUUUGCAUUUACACAAGAUCUAUUUAGUUACUUAAAUUGAAUCAUGUGUGAUGUUUUUGUCACUACAUUUGUUUUAUUAGUUUAUAUAGCAAGCAAGCCUGUACAUGCAGUGUAAAUUGAUAAAUUUUAAUUUAAACGUUGUAAUGUUUGUUCAAUUAUGUUUUAUGAACAUCAUGGAAUAAAAACUUGGGUCAACUCUG